AAGCAACACUGAGAAAAACGUGGAAAUGAAAAUAAACAAAGUUUGGUUCGAAGAAAUGAUGCUAACUUUACAACAAACAAACAAUCCUCACUAUUGCAAAAAGAGGCAUAGUGUGGAUCGGUUAUACCGUCCACUGAUUUCGAUUUCUCACACACUCACAUCUCAUCUCAUCUCAUAUAAAUACUAACAUAAAAAAAUGAACAAGAAAGCUUUAUCAAUUUUGUUGCGCGCCAGAAUGAAACCCAACGAUCGACCUAACCUUUCUCUCUCCCCUCUCCCUUUAACUAACGCGGCGAGUAAAAUGCAGCAACAGAAUUCAAAUUCACUGGAAAAGAAAUCGCCAGAAGAUGGAAAUUCAGCUUCUAAUCACUCUGGCAACUCCGAGAGUGAGUUUAAUCGUGUACAUGCCUCAAUGCAUUCUGCAAUUUCACUGAAUAAAACAGAAGUUCUAGAUGAUGUGCUUAAUAAUUUCUCUGAGGGUUAUUUUACACUUUCUUAUGAAAACCGUCGCAAGUUGCUCAUUGUACUUGCUAGAGACUAUGAUCUCAAUAGAUCACAAGUUCGUGAACUGAUAAAACAGUACCUUGGACUUGAACUUCCUACUGACAAAGCUCAAGUGAGUGGAUCCGAAGAAGAAGGCUUGUUUUCUUCUUUCUAUCGCAUUGAGAGGAAUUUGAGGCAUGCCCUUCAGCCAGUUUAUGAAGUUCUCUUUGAUCGUCUCAACACUCAUCCAGGAGGGUUGAGAUUCUUAUCCAUUCUUCGAGCAGAUAUCCUGUCUAUUCUCGUAGAGGAAAAUAUUGCUUCUCUGAGAGCAUUGGAUUCUUAUUUAAAAGAAAAACUUAUUACGUGGCUUAGUCCUGCUGCCUUAGAGCUACACCAAAUUACAUGGGAUGACCCUGCUUCCCUGCUGGAGAAAAUUGUUGCUUAUGAAGCUGUUCACCCUAUAAGCAACCUUCUAGAUCUUAAGAGAAGGCUUGGAAUUGGCCGUCGUUGUUUUGGAUAUUUACAUCCAGCAAUUCCUGGUGAACCUUUAAUUUUCAUUGAAGUUGCACUAAUGGAGAAUGUGGCUCAAACUAUACAGGAAGUUUUGUGGGAUAGUCCUCCUAUACCUGAAAGUGAGGCAACAAGUGCAUUGUUCUACUCUAUAUCAUCAACUCAGCCUGGCUUAGCUGGGAUCAACUUGGGCAAGUUUCUUAUCAAACGUGUUGUAAAACUGGUGAAAAGAGAGAUGCCACAUAUUUCUACCUUUGCAACUCUCAGUCCUAUCCCAGGAUUCAUGACAUGGCUCUUAUCCAAGUUGGCAUCUCAAACAGUGCUUUCUGAAGGAGACAUGUCACAACCAGUGGCCGAGGGAUCUGGUUCCACAUUCUAUGAGAACAUACUUAAACCUGAUGAAGAAGAAGCACUUAUGAGUUUGCCUAAAGAUAUUGCCACGGGGAAAAACGGAAUGGAAGUGUUGUUCAACCUGUUUGCUUCUACAUCCUACAAAUGGAUUCAUUCUCCAGAAAUUUUGUCAGCAUUAAAACCCCUUUUGAUGCGCUUAUGUGCCAGAUACCUUCUGCAAGAGAAGAAGAGAGGAAAAGCUUUGGACUCUGUAGCAAAUUUUCACUUACAAAAUGGAGCGAUGGUUGAAAGAAUAAAUUGGAUGGCAGACCUAUCAGAAAAAGGCCUUUCUCAAAGUGGAGGCAUCAUGGUGAACUAUGUAUAUAGUCUGGAUAACAUAGAAGAGUAUGCUCAUUCAUACUUCAGCAACGGCAUAAUCCAAGCUUCAAGUGACAUUCGUCGCUAUGUUGAGCCACAAAGUGACAAAUAGGAAAAAGUCUUCCUCUCGGUAUAACUGAUGGUUUUAUCAAAACUAUGGAACAAGUGCUUACAAGUCCAAAAUUGAGGAACCUUGUACUUUUAAUUGUCGAUAUUUUAUGUACAAAGAAUACAAGGCAGUUGAAUAGGUAUCUUAUCCAAUUUGUUGUUGUAAUAUGAUAAGCGACAAAAUUCUAAACUUUGACGUUAUUUUGUCAUUUAGAAUGCUACUCUUACUCGAGGUAGAUAGGAAAAAAGUUAGAAUGAAUAGUUCAUGCUUAGGGAACCUCAAGCAGUAAAAUGUGAUAUUAUGAUUUGUAUACUAUACUGAAAACAUAUCUAUCCUUUAGUGAAGAGUGUGCUACUGUUACUGAAAUUCAAAUUUGGUUGGAGAUCAUGAAUGAAGUAUUGGCUGUUGUAGAGGAAA